AUGACAUCGACGGGGAAGGACGGCGGCGGGGCGCAGCACGCGCAGUAUGUGGGGCCCUACCGGCUGGAGAAGACGCUGGGCAAGGGGCAGACAGGCCUCGUGAAGCUGGGGAUUCACUGUGUCACGUGCCAGAAGGUGGCUGUCAAGAUCGUCAACCGCGAGAAGCUCAGCGAGUCUGUACUGAUGAAGGUGGAGCGGGAGAUCGCCAUCCUGAAGCUGAUCGAGCACCCCCAUGUCCUCAAGCUGCAUGACGUCUAUGAGAACAAAAAAUAUUUAUACCUGGUGCUAGAACACGUGUCUGGUGGGGAGCUCUUCGACUACCUUGUCAAGAAGGGGAGGCUGACCCCCAAAGAGGCUAGAAAGUUCUUCCGGCAGAUCAUCUCUGCGCUAGACUUCUGCCACAGUCACUCCAUAUGCCACAGGGAUCUGAAACCAGAAAACCUUCUGCUGGACGAGAAGAAUAACAUCAGGAUCGCAGACUUCGGCAUGGCGUCGCUGCAGGUUGGCGACAGCCUGCUGGAGACUAGCUGCGGGUCUCCCCACUAUGCCUGCCCGGAGGUGAUCCGGGGAGAGAAGUACGAUGGCCGCAAGGCAGACGUGUGGAGCUGCGGCGUGAUUCUGUUCGCCCUGCUUGUGGGGGCGCUGCCCUUCGACGACGACAACCUGCGGCAGCUGCUGGAGAAGGUGAAGCGGGGCGUGUUCCACAUGCCGCACUUCAUCCCGCCCGACUGCCAGAGCCUGCUGCGCGGCAUGAUCGAGGUGGACGCCACGCGGCGCCUCACGCUAGAGCACAUUCAGAAACACAUUUGGUAUAUAGGCGGCAAGAACGAGCCCGAGCCGGAGCAGCCCAUCCCCCGCAAGGUGCAGAUCCGCUCGCUGCCCAGCCUGGAGGACAUCGACCCCGACGUGCUGGACAGCAUGCACUCGCUGGGCUGCUUCCGGGACCGCAACAAGCUGCUGCAGGACCUGCUGUCCGAGGAGGAAAACCAGGAGAAGAUGAUUUAUUUCCUUCUCCUGGACCGGAAAGAACGAUAUCCGAGCCACGAGGACGAGGACCUGCCGCCCAGGAACGAGAUAGACCCUCCCCGGAAGCGCGUGGACUCCCCAAUGCUGAACCGGCACGGCAAGCGGCGGCCUGAGCGCAAGUCCAUGGAGGUGCUGAGCGUGACGGACGGCGGCUCCCCGGUGCCUGCGCGGCGGGCCAUCGAGAUGGCCCAGCACGGCCAGAGGUCUAGGUCCAUCAGCGGCGCUUCCUCAGGCCUCUCCACCAGCCCGCUCAGCAGCCCCCGGGUGACCCCUCACCCCUCUCCGAGGGGCAGUCCCCUCCCUACCCCCAAGGGGACGCCUGUGCACACGCCCAAGGAGAGCCCGGCCGGCACGCCCAACCCCACGCCACCGUCCAGCCCCAGCGUGGGAGGGGUGCCCUGGAGGACACGGCUCAACUCCAUCAAGAACAGCUUCCUGGGGUCACCCCGCUUCCACCGCCGGAAACUGCAAGUUCCGACGCCCGAGGAGAUGUCCAACCUGACCCCGGAGUCGUCCCCAGAGCUCGCCAAGAAGUCCUGGUUUGGGAACUUCAUCAACCUGGAGAAGGAGGAGCAGAUCUUCGUGGUCAUCAAGGACAAGCCGCUGAGCUCCAUCAAAGCCGACAUCGUCCACGCCUUCCUGUCGAUCCCCAGCCUCAGCCACAGCGUCAUCUCCCAGACGAGCUUCCGGGCCGAGUACAAGGCGACGGGGGGCCCGGCGGUGUUCCAGAAGCCGGUCAAGUUCCAGGUGGACAUCACCUACACCGAGGGCGGGGCGGCGCAGAAGGAGAACGGCAUCUACUCCGUCACGUUCACACUCCUGUCAGGCCCGAGCCGCCGCUUCAAGAGGGUCGUGGAGACCAUUCAGACCCAGCUGCUGAGCACACACGACCAGCCUUCUGCCCAGCACUUGUCAGACACCACUAACUGUAUGGAAAUGAUGACGGGGAGGCUUUCCAAAUGUGGCAGCCCAUUGAGUAACUUCUUUGACGUAAUUAAACAACUUUUUUCAGACGAGAAGAACGGGCAGGCGGCCCAGGCCCCCAGCACGCCCGCCAAGCGGAGUGCCCACGGCCCACUCGGGGACUCCGCGGCCGCUGGCCCCGGCCCUGGAGGGGACGCCGAGUACCCAGCGGGCAAGGACACGGCCAGGACGGGGCCGCCCGCCGCCCGCCGAGAGCAGCCUUAG